AUGGACCGCGCCGUCCGGCUCCGUGACGAGCGAGCAGGCCCUGUAGCCAUGGGUGCCCUGGAGGAGGAGGAGGAGGAGGAGGAGGAAGAGCUGGGGGAUCUGCGGGCGCAGGUGCUGCGGCUGCUGGAGGAGCUGGAGGAGACGCGGGAGGUGGCGGGGAGGCACCAGGACGACUCGCUGGAGCUGCAGGGGCUGCUGGAGGACGAGCGCCUGGCGAGCGCCCGGCAGGCCGAGCUCUUCACCCGGCACGUCCAGCAGCUCCAGGCCCAGAUGCUGACGCUGCAGGACGAGUUCAGCUGCCUGCAGGAGAGCAAGGCGGCGGAGCUGGCGCGGGUGGAGCGGGCGCUGGCGGGGGCCCAGGCGGAGCUGGCGGCGCGGCGGCGCGAGGCCGAGGAGGCGGCGGCGCUGCACGCCGCCGAGGUGGCCACGCUGCAGGAGCAGCUGGGGCAGCUGCGGGCCGAGCUGCGGCGCGGGCAGGAGAUGCGCGCCGAGUACGAGCUGGAGGCCACCACCUUGCGCGCCGAGAUCCGCAUGAAGGCCGAGCGGCAGCAGGGUGCCGCCAGCGAGGUGGCCGAGCUCCAAGCGGAGCUGAGCCGCCUGCGGGAGCAGUAUGAGGAGCUGAGCGAGGAGCACCGCACGCUGCAGGACAGCAACCAGCUGAUGCUCAGCCACCUCCACGGCAUCGAGGUGCAGAAGUACCGCUCGCGGUCCCGCUCGGACGCCCAGCAGCAGGCGGAGGCCCCGUGUCCCUGCGACCGCUCGCCGAGCUGCGUGCGCGCCCACCCCGGCAGCACCGUGUCCUUCUGGUGCCCCGCGGGCCUGGGCGGCGCGGACGAGCCGGCGGCGGCCCCCGGCGAGGCGGCGGCGGCCGAGGCCGAGGCCACCCUGCGCGCCCAGCUCCGCAGCCACGAGGAGACGGCGCGGGCGGCCCAGAGAAAGUGGGCGACGGCGCAGGAGGAGCUGGCGCGGCUGCAGCGGCUCUACCAGGCGUGCCAGGAGGAGCGGCGGGCGCUGCAGGCCGAGCUGGGCCGCUGCCGCCAGGAGAUCGCCCGGCUGCGCGGCCCCACGCCGCCCCGGCCGCGGGCGCCCGCCGGCGGCCUGAAGCCCUUGGUGCUCUUCGCCGUGGCCGCCGUCGUCCUCUUCCUCUACCCCUGCCUGAAGAAGUGCUGA